GCCUUUGGUGGGUAGUAGUACACAAUAAUACACGAAAGCAGCAGUGGCGAUCUACCUCUUCCUUCUUCCUUCUUCUACUCCUCUCACCCGUUUUCCAUGCUUCCCCCGAUUACCGUCCAUUGAAAUCUCCUCCUUCCGCUUCUCUCGUUCUCGGUGAGCUAAGACUAGGGUGAUGGAUCGGAGCAGGGCUCUGAGGGCUUUGAUGCUGCUGUGGCUCAUCCCCGGACUGACGUACGCCGGCGACAUCGUGCACGAGGACGACAAGGCCCCGAAGUUGCCGGGAUGCUCCAAUCACUUCAUUUUGGUAAAAGUGCAAACUUGGAUUAACAACGAAGAAGAUAGUGAGUUUGUUGGAGUUGGUGCUCGAUUUGGCACAACUAUACAGACUAAGGAGAAAUACGCAAGCCGGACUCCCCUCUCUCUUUCGGAUCCGUCUGAUUGCUGCACUGCACCUAAAGAAAAGAUUGCUGGAGACAUUCUUUUGGUGCAUCGUGGAAGGUGCAAAUUUACAACAAAGGCAAAGGUUGCUGAAGCUGCUGGUGCUUCUGCUUUAUUGAUCAUAAAUAACCGUAAAGAACUAUACAAGAUGGUUUGUGAACGAAAUGAGACGGAUUUAGAUAUAAAUAUACCUGCAGUUAUGCUACCACAUGAUGCAGGUGUAAGUCUGGAGAGAAGUCUUAAGAGUGGCGCUUCACUUUCUGUGCAGUUGUACUCCCCAGAUCGUCCUCUUGUAGACACAGCAGAGGUUUUUCUGUGGCUUAUGGCAGUUGGAACCAUCUUAUGUGCUUCAUAUUGGUCAGCAUGGAGUGCUAGAGAAGCAUCUAUUGAGCAAGAAAAGUUGUUAAAAGAUGCACCAGAUGAGUUUCUCAAGAUGGAAACUACUGGUUCUGGCGGUGUGGUGGACAUCAACACAACAUCAGCAAUUUUGUUCGUUGUGAUUGCUUCUUGUUUCUUGAUCUUACUAUACAAACUCAUGUCAUUCUGGUUUGUGGAGCUUUUGGUGGUUCUAUUUGCCAUUGGUGGAGUGGAGGGCCUACAAACUUGCUUGGUGGCUAUGUUAUCACGUUGGUUCAAACAUGCUGGAGAAACUUUCAUCAAAGUGCCCUUCUUUGGAGCUGUCUCGUAUCUUACACUGGCCGUCUCUCCAUUUUGUGUUGCUUUUGCCGUCCUUUGGGCUGUGUACCGACGCGUAUCCUUUGCCUGGAUUGGCCAAGAUGUCCUGGGCAUUGCGUUGAUUAUUACAGUUCUCCAAAUUGUCCGAGUACCCAAUCUUAAGGUGGGCAUGGUUCUCCUUAGUUGCGCCUUCCUGUACGACAUCUUUUGGGUUUUUGUAUCAAAAAGGUGGUUUCAUGAAAGCGUAAUGAUUGUGGUCGCUCGAGGGGAUAGGACCGCAGAGGAUGGUGUUCCUAUGCUUCUUAAGAUCCCACGCAUGUUUGAUCCCUGGGGUGGAUACAGCAUUAUAGGUUUUGGCGAUAUCCUCCUUCCUGGGCUGUUAAUUGCCUUUUCAUUAAGGUACGAUUGGGCUGCAAGGAAGAACCUUCAAGCCGGUUACUUUCUCUGGUCAAUGGUGGCUUAUGGUUCAGGUCUCCUGAUUACAUAUGUUGCCUUGAAUCUGAUGGAUGGGCAUGGUCAACCAGCACUACUGUACAUCGUGCCCUUCACAUUGGGCACACUGUUGACUUUGGGGUGGAAAAGAGGCGAACUGACGAACUUGUUUACCAAAGGAGAGCCAGAGCGAGUUUGUCCCCACAUCCCUCCAUCUGCUCAGUAAAAAUCUACGCAUGUAUUCCCUGUGCUUUAAACUUCGUUUGAUGUGUUUGAUUUCGUUGCUUCGCAUCUGAUUAAGUUUUCGUUCCGGUAAGGUAAUGUAUCGACCAUUGACAAAUAGUCAGGUAAAGUAUAGUCUUUGCUU